GCGGAAAGCGGGUGAGAGCCGCAGUGACUCAGCAGAGUUUUGCUAGAAAAACACACAGCAGACGCAUCAGUGAAGCGCCGAUGAUAAAACACUGACAGACGAACAGACAGGACAGCUGAGACAGCCACUUCCGGCGCCGAGUCAAACAAUAGAAGAACACAGCGAAGACUGUUUUUCUCACAACUGCAAGUUCGCAUUUGCAGUUCAGAGAAGAGUCAGAACUGUGAGAUGAAAAGUCUCAGUGAGCUUUCUUAUUACCCGAUGAAAACAAAAAACAAUGACAAGAUGUCAACUCAGAACUCAGAUGUGAGAUAUGAACUGGUAAUUUUAGGGAAAAAAGUCAGUUUUGCAAUAUAAGACAUCUGCAGCUGAGGAAAAAGUGAAUUUUGAGACAAACAUUCAGAAAGUCAAAAUUUGGAGAAACAUUUAGUAAACUCAAGAAUUCUGAGAAAAAACUCGAUUGUGAAAAAAAAAUUAAAUUGUACAAGAAAAAAGUCAAAACUAAAGUCGUGAGGAAAAAAGUCAAUUGAGAGAAAAUGUAAAAGUUGUAAAAUAUAAAUUUAUUUCUAAGAUUAGAGUUCUAAGGAAAGAAAGGUGCAGUUAUGGCCGUGUGAUCGGACAGACGGCUUUUGUUGAGACGUCCUCAGACGUCUCCCGUCCCUCACGUGCGUGUUUGUCCUCACAGCAGCUCGUCGCUAUGGCGGAGGACGAGGCCGCGAGGCAGGGCGAGCAUCUCUGCGCGGAGGACUACGCCGCCGAGGCCAUGGCCGCCGACAUGGACCCCUGGAUCGUCUUCGACGCCCGCAAGACGCCCCGAGCCGAGUUCAGCAGCUGGCUGGCGUCCAACAGGCCCUCGCAGGUCAGCCGCUACGGGGACGGCGAGGACGGCGGCGGGCCGGUGGGCUGGAUCGCCGUCUGCGGGCCGCAGUACUGGGUGGACGCGGCGGACGUGGAGGGGCUCCAGGACAGCUGGGAGACGCUGCUGGACAGCGGGCGCGGCGUCACCUUCGGCACCAUCAAGGAGCUGGCGCUCAAUCACAACGUGCUGUACGGGAAGUGGCUGAUGCACCUGGACACGGGCUUCAAGGUGGACCGCGCUUGGGAGUGCAUCGCCAAAGCGGCGCUCGACGGGAAGAUCGUCACGGCCAAGGUGAGUCCCCGAGACCCGCGCUCCGACUCCAGACACGUCAUCUGCGCGUACAACCAGAACUUCACGGACGAGGAGCAGGUGAUGCGGCUGGACGCCACCAUCCGGGCCGCCGGCGUCAAAUGCGUCCUGUACUACAAACCCGACGUCUACUCGUACCUGGGAAUCUACCGGAACAACCGCUGGAAGAUCUGCCCCACCAUCUACGAGAGCAUGUUCGACCUGGAGAGCGUUCCUCGCCGCUCGCACGUCAUCAACAAGGUCACCAAUCAGGAGGUCACGUGAAGCCCCUCCGGUUCCUGAACUCUCGUUUGUUUUCGUUUUCGUUUGUAACUCCCGCGAGGCACUUUUGGAGGAGAUUUGUCUUGUAGAAUCGUUCUGUUGCAUUAACGAUGUCAAGCGAUGACGCAGAAACUGCAUGCCGUCGUGUGUAAAUACAGCCGAAAUGUUGAAGGGCUUGGAGAUGUUUGAGUUAUUCUUUUAAAACAUCUUUUACUUUAAACAAGGUUGGUUUUGUUCAUUCGUUCUUUUUGCCAAAUAAAUCUGGGACAGUUCAAA